ACAAGUAGGAGGGGCAAAGGGAGAGGGAGAGAGAAUCUCAAGCAGACUCGACACUAAGCACAGACCCCGACUUGGGGUUCAGUCUCGGGACCCUGAGAUCACUCCCUGAGUCGAAACCAAGAGUUGGUCUCUCAACUGAUUGCGCCACACAGGCCCCCCCAUAGUAGACUUUUAAUCAAAAAUUCUCAGAGCUAUUAGUGUGAUGGAUGAAUAUAAGGCACCCUAUAUUUAUCAGCAGUUCUGAAUCCUUUUCACCAUAGCACAGGGUAGAUAAUAUUUCCAUGUAAGAACAUGUUCCUUUGUAAGGCCUAGCCGGGGGCAGUACUUGCUAACUGCAACUCCAUUCCUUUCUUUCCCACUCAGAAAAGCUUUCUGGAAUGCAAACAAGGGGAAAGUGGGGACUUCAAAUCAUUUCACAUUUUAUCGUUAGUAACAGAGUCCUUUUGGGAUCCGCACAGCAACACCAGUGUGUGCAGAGCCUGGCUGAGGAUCCGUGCUGUAGAUGACGGCAGAGUCUUCGGACGUGGUGUUUAAGAGAGCAUAUAUUCCUAGAACCUUGAAUGAAGUAAAAAACUAUGAAAGGGAUAUGGAUAUAAUGAUGAAAUUGAAGGAAGAAGAUAUGGCCAUGAAUGCCCAACAAGACAAUAUUCUGUACCAGACCGUUACAGGAUUGAAGAAAGAUCUGUCUGGAGUUCAGAAGGUUCCUGCACUUCUAGAAAAUCAGGCUAAGGAAAAGGCUUGUUCUGAUUCAGAAGAUGCUGGAAGCUCUGAGUGUUCUGACAUAGACUCAGAAGAGCAGAGAGAACAGGCCUGCUCCAGGAAACCCACUGCUGACGUUGAAGUUGAUAAAAAGGAAAGAAAAAAGAUGGUCAAGGAAGCCCAGAGAGAGAAAAGAAAAAACAAAAUUCCGAAGCAUGUGAAAAAAAGGAAGGAGAAGACAGCCAAGAUGAAAAAGGGCAAAUAGAACCAGAACUCGAGACAUAGAGUAAUCUUCCAUCAGUCGCUUUUCCCGCCUGCGCGGUGAGCUGCGCCUGGAAGGGGUUCUCACGGCAGUGUCGUGAACACGGGCUCACGUGUGCUCACGUGUUCUUGUGUAAUUAUGUAACAAGCUCUAAGCUCUCCCCGUCUAGAUGCACUCACUGCCUCUGGGUGGUAUUGACAGAGGAUUUAUUUAAACUACUAUUUUAAUGAAGAACUUUAUACAGUUUUAUUUUUAUAUAUAUUUUUUUCUCCUGCAAUAUGUUUUUCGAAGCAUCAUAAAUGUUUAAAUGUGACCAACAUCCAUAGUCUUUAUGUAAGUGUAAAGGCACUUUGGACAGACUUGGGUAGAUUGUUUUUGCUUUGCUCGUACAUGCCAGAGACCCAUCUGAAAUCAUUUGAUCCUAGGGCCGCUGUUUCUGUGGAAGGGAGUUUCGUUUCUAAGAGAAUUCAUUUGGUGGUUGAUUCAGUAAUCAUCUACUGCGACUGUUCUGUGUGCAUUGCUGCUCAUUUGGGAUGCACUUACUCUUCAUCUUUGUUACUCUUGAGUGAAGACAUCGCAGUUUAUAAGCUAUUUCACAUUCAGCUAUUUGGCCUAUUCUGUUCAUUCAUCGAAUAUUUGAGUGUGUUAGGUGCUAGGGAUACAGCAGUAAACAAAACUGAAAAAUUACCACGUUCAGGUACUUUACAUUUUGAAAGCAAGACAUUAAACUAAUAAAUAAAAAUGUAUCAGUAGGUGGUAAAUUCUGUGGUGAGAAAUAAUGCAGAACAAAGAGAAUGCCUGGGGAGGUGGGAGUUUGCCGUUGAAAAACAGGCCACACCGAGCAGCUACAUUUGAGCAAAUACUUGAAGAAUGGGAGUCAGGUAUGUAUCAGGAGAGAAGAGUAUUCCAGUCAAAGCAAACAGCAAGUGUGAAGGCCCUGAGGCAGAAGUGUGCCUGGAAUGUUCCAGAAACAAGAGGCUCCCAUGACCAAGAAAGAGAUUACAUGGUGCUAGGCUAUUAGAGGAUUUUGAGCAGAGGAAUGAUAUGAUCUGACUUGUGUUUUGGAGGGAUCUCGCUCUCUGGCCUCCGUAGAGACCUGAGUAGGAAGCGAGGGUGGGAGACCAGGGGGGAAGUUACUGUAGUAACCCACGUGGGAGCUGGUGAUGGGUCUGUCUAGCAUGGUGGCAGCGGACAUGGAGAGAGAGGUGGGAUUCUAGUUUAACACAGUGGAGUGAACUGGAUGUGCUAAGGGAAUAUGUGAGGUGUAUGACAAAGUGAGGGAUGGCUUCAGGGUUUAUGACCCAAGCACUUGAGACUGUUGCACUUGCCACUUCCCAUGUUGGGAAGGAAUGUGACUGGAGCAGGAUUGGGGGUAAGCUUCCAUUGCAACAAAGCACAAAAGUCAAAAGAAAUGAUAAAUUUUUAAUUUUUCUUACCAUAUAUUUUAUAUUGGAAAUACCUGUUUUAGCCCUUGCAUCAGAAAAAAUUGCUAUAAAUAAACUUAGUUUCCCUGAAACUGAGGCUUGAACCUGGUGGUUUGAGGGUUGGUGGGCUAUUGCGGGGGUGGGGGGGCAGUCAGCUGAGCUUUUAAAAUACUAGGUCACAUGUAUUAUGUUCAUACUCUCCUCUCCUCCUGACUUUAAAAAGUUCCAAAUGCAAAAUGUGAUUUCAAUGAAAUACAACAGUAGCCCCUCUAAAAUAUUCUACAGUUAGCCAGAGAGAAACAAACAGAUUUAGCAAUCCUGUACACGUUUGGGGAUUUUAUCUUCAGGAUCUUCCCUUUCUCAUACGUGUUUGGUCUUACUCUCGCACAAGGUGUGUUUAGGGGGUCAAGCUCCUCAGUGCUGUCUUUUGCUGAAUCUAAUGCAAUUACAAAGUCUGGAAUCAAUUUCUCUUGGGCAGAAGUCAUGUCAGUAAGAUGAUAACAGGGACAAUACAUUCUCAUUGGCAUUGCUGCCGGGAGGAAGUGGCUUGUAAGAUGCCAAAAUUUGGGACUGUCGGGGGAUUUUAAUUUGAGGAACAUUCUUCUGGUAACUGUCUUGCUGAUAGGCCGUCUCCUUGUUUGGAUUCUGGGCUGCACGCCGUACGGACUCGUAACCUGCUUAUAUUGCUGGCAAACUUGUCUGAAACCAUAUUUCCCCACUCGUGUCUUUCUCACCGGAAGGCUUGGAAGAAGGAGCCCUGUUCUUAGGCAAACUUAGAGGACUAUUUGCUGACUUUGGUUGCAGUUGAAUUUUGAGUGUUGACAGGUUUGAAGUGCCCAGGGAUUCACUAUUGGUUGUACAGUUACUUUCCAUUUGGAGAGGUGGGGUUUGGGUUUUGACUUGAAGGCUGAGAUAUAACUGUCACUAGAUGUAUCUGAUUUCCUGUCCUAUUUUGUUGAUAUUUAAUCCUUCCAAAUAAUGUAAGGAUUUCUGUUUACUGUGAGAAGUUGGGAUCCUUUCUUUGAAGCACAAAAUUAGAGCUGUCUUCUGUGCUGCUGUAGUUGUCCUUCUUCCUUUGAUAAAGCAGUUUGGGAACAGAACUUCCACCUGCCCAGGUGCCCCAGCGUUUGAGCCUGGCCUUGCAGUGAAGAGACACGGACCAAAUGGGAACCGGGGUUCUAGGCUGGCAUCAGGUUUUCUUCAGCUUUAUCUCUGCUUGAUGAAGAUGGACUCAAGAGGUUGGAAAACUCUAUGGUUUGGUACUAAGUUGUUUGAGACCAUCUCUUCUUUUCGUGAAUGUUCUAUUGAAUUCGGUGCAAGUGGCUUGCUGUUUCUUGGUAACAGGCCCAUCCUGUUUUGUGGCUGUGAUCUCAUUAAUCUUUUGGCUCAGAAAAUGAAGAGUUGGAAAAAAAAAUUCUUCUAGAAGCUGGUAAAAGUUCAGUUUAAGGAUAACUCAAAUGUCAUGGGCUCCAAGUGAGGACAUUAAAAUCCUUUCAUUUUCAAAAAGCUUGACAGGUUUUCUAUUUUUAGUUGUACACAUAGUAAGUAGAGACCAUGCCCAUUCAGAGCUCUACCUUGAUUUCUGGGGGUUACUUUUUGAUGAUGAAAGAGUUGCACGGAUCAGCAGCUCCUCAAAGUUUAGUUUCCUGGAAAGGUGUUUUGUGACCACAUCAGAUGGACACGGUUUACAACCAUGGGUAAUCAUAAAGCAAGAGCUCUUUAUGUUUUGUCUCUCGAAUUGGAUUAAGUUAUCACACUCCCUACAUUUUGGUAGCAGUUUUUAACUUGCAUAGCCUUUGAGUUUGUGUUGCCUGCCUUCGGCUUAGGUCGUGAUCCCAGGGUCCCCCUGCUCAGCGGGGAGCCUGCUGCUCCCUCUGCUUGUGUGCUCUCUCUCUCUCUGACAAAUAAAUAAAUAAAAUCUUUAAAAAAAAAAAAAAAAAACUGUCCCAGGGGAAAUGGUAGUACAGGGUAUCAAAUCAUUUAAGCUAGUUUCCAAAGGAGAAGAUGCCUUUCUUGCAUCUGUGUCCUCCAGAGAUCUCAGUUCCCAGUUGACAGUGUUGUGGAAACCUUUGGACUUGAAUUUUGGAGAACCAGAACUUGAAUUGGUGGAAUUCUUGGCUGGUUUUGGCUUUCCUUCAUUUUCUGUAUCACUCCACAUCCUGCUUUGAGUGUUGGCAGGCCAUGAUUAUGAUGUCAUAUCGUAUCUGUCCUACAGCUAGACUAAUCACACAGCCAUAAAAUCCUUGUCCUCAGGUUUUUUUUUUUUUUCCAGAAUAGUAAGAGGGUCAUUUAAUGUGUGAGCAGAGCUAUCUCUAGCUCUCUAGAGAGGUUUCCAUGUGUCAGUGCUACUUGAUAGCUUUGUUUAAAGGCUGAUCAACUUCAUCGUCUUUGGGUGAAAUUUUAGCCUUUACAAAUCCUGUAUGUGAACGUCAUGGGGUUCUAGAUUUGUCAGUGAAAAAGUGGUAGGUCCUUGGUGGGGCCAGAAAAUUGUUGGAGUCAGGAUGCUGGAGUGCAGAAGCUGGAAAGACAGAGGAGGUCAGAGAAUGGGAUAUUUAAGGUCAUGCUCUUGGAGGGUUGCCCUUCGUGUAAUAUCUGAGGCGCAGCCAUGGGUGUGAGGGGCCACGGGAAGGGAGCAGACAAAAGCACUGAAGGCUGGAAGGUCAAGGAGCUGAGACCAGGGCUUGGCAGGGCCAUCUGUGUUAGGACAGGCCUCGUUUUAGGGCGUCAGUAAGGGCCCUGCUUGAAUCUUCAGGGAGAGAAGGAAAGUGGGCCAGGGAGGGGCUGGCAUCGAAGCCUGCCACCUGGAGGGGAAGUGAGCGGUGUCCGAGGACAUGAGGUUAAUGGGGGCAGGGCAAGCAGUGCCCUCAGGAGAGCCGGGGUUUAAAUGGGCUAAGGAAAAGGGGACCCUCAGAGGAGACGCCGAGGACACAAGGCUUUUUGCUGGUGUCUGACCAGGGGUUCCGAAAGGCCCUGCGGGAAUGUUUCAGGACUUAGAAAGGUGGGAAGGGGUCUGUUUGAGCUCAGGUGCAGGCCCCUUGGUGGCGUUGGUGGCUUCAGUUCUCAGAACCUGGUGCCAUUAAGUAGGCAAAUGCCAUGACUGCGGGGGGGAUGGUAGCAGUACCUACCUCACAGAGUUCGUGUGAAGGAUGCUGAGGAGAGCGGCAGGCAGCUUGGUGAGGCGGGUGCCCACUGCUCAGCCCCUGAAAGGGGACAGGCCGGCACGUGGGUGCUUCUGGUGCGGUGCAGGGGGAAGCACACACAACCACCUGUGAACCACCUUGCCUCCUGCACAAGCCACCGAACCCAAAUGCAGGUAGCCUCCAGAUGUGAUCAGCAGUGACAGGAAUACACCGCUCACAGGGACGGGAUAGUUGAGGCUGGGAGGAAUCGGUCAGCCGAAUCCGAGUCAGAAGUUCGGUUAGGGAAAAAGGAAGAGCUGUCGCAAACCGUGAAAGCAGUCUAAGAGACACGUGUCCCAAUGCUGGGGACUUCGUUUGGAUCCCAAUUAGUCCAAACCAGUUGUAAAAAGAUGGACUUUUUGGGAUGCCUGCGUGGCUCAGUUGGUUAAGCAUCUGCCUUUGGCUCAGGUCAUGAUCCCAGAGU